AUGGCACCAGAGGAAGAUAAUAAAAAAGAUGAAUUUGAUGCAGUCACCACUGAAGUGAAUGCUGAGGGCAUGGCCCCUGAGGGCUUUAAUUCUGGUAUGAGCCUUUCUGAUAACAUGGCACCUAAAAGGGAAAGCUGGGGACUUGCGGAGGCCUACCGGGCAAGGACUCCGCGCCCAAAGCUAGUGCUCAGUCUACAAUUUCGCUUGAGAGGCGGGCAAGGCCGCUGGACUCCAGGGAUCCCUCUGGGCCGCUCCAAAGGAGCAAAGCCGGCCGCAGCUUCUGCCACGGUUGGGCCCGCUGUGCUGCGCGCUAUGUGCAAGAACAAGACCCUUGGCUACGGAGUCCCCAUGUUGUUGCUGGUUGUUGGAGGUUCCUUUGGGCUGCGUGAAUUUUCACAGAUUCGAUAUGAUGCUGUGAAGAUUAAGGUAGAUCCCGAAUUGGAAAAAAAGUUGAAAGGAAAUAAAAUAACUUUAGAGUCAGAAUAUGAGAAAAUAAGGGACUCCACUUUUGAAGACUGGAAGAAUAUUCGAGACCCGAGGCCCUGGGAAGAUCCUGAACUCCUCCAAGGACAAAACCCAGAAACUCAUAAGCCUAAGGCAGCCUGACUGUGCUCAGCUUUUCAAUAAAAUGUCCUCACCUGGCCCUG